AUGGCUUACGCUGAACGUAUGCAAAAGAAAGGAUCGCCUGAAAUUUCGGUACAACCACUUCAUCAAGGGAAUAAAAGUCUGCAUAAACAAUUAUUAGAACCUCGUUUUCUUCGGGAAAAGAACAAGGCAACAGUGUCUAGUCCUACCGACAGUCUUAUGAGUCCUUGUACAGCAAAAUUGCAAGCUCACAAGCAAAAAUACCAUACAAGAAACAUGCCCGGUUUAAGAUCCCUAAUGCAGACACUGUUGGAGGCUAGGGAUAAUGAGUAA